UUUUUUACGUAGCUUUAUCUUGAUAUAAUAGUAAAACAAGUUGUUUAGUCUCAAACAGUUUGCUGAAGGUGUAUUGAGAAUUCUGCGCACGAGGUCUAAACUACCUCCCUAGGUUCGUAGUUAUAGACACUGUUUGUUUGGUUCUAAGGAACAUCCACAGACCCCAAUUGAAGUCAACUAAUAGCUUGGUUAAGUUUUCGUUUAGACCUAAUAGUAUUUACCUAUAUACCAUAAUGUCCUUUUUGUAAAGUGUGAAAAAGUAGCCUUAAUGGGCAAGUAAGGUUUCCUUUACUGCAAAGCAAGUUUGAAAGAACGUCAAUACGUCUAUCUCCUCAUUUGUUGCAAGAAUUACCAGCUCUUGCCAUGCAUUUCUUACUGUCGAAAUGAUCAUGCUUGCUGCAUAAAGCAUUGUGGCAAAAUCAUGAAAGUGCAAAAAUUCUAGAAGAAUAACAAUACAAUUAAGUAAUACCACAAUUACAAAGGUUUGAAGUCUGUAUACCGUUAUUAUGGCUUAAUGCUCACGUGUCUGUCAACAUGCAUCUUUACAGAUGUCGUGGCCUGGUUGAAAGAAAAUGUAAAAGGGAACUCUUGUAUCUGACGCAACACAAUACAGCAGAGUCAAUAUGCAGAUGAACUACCACUGAUCUAUUUCGGUAAAUAACAUGCCGUUUGUAGGUGAGGAAGAUCAUCAGAGACUGAGGAUCCACCCUAUGGAAGGGGAAGCACCAGCUCCCCCAACAACCCCAUUGGUACCUCCAGGCUCCUCAAGAUCAGAAAAGGGUAUCCCUUUACACCAUCCUCCACUGCUACGUUCUGUGCCAGCAGUAUACUCUAAACCACGGAAAAGAAGCUGUUUUUGCAAGUGCAUGUGUUGGACAAUAAGCGUGUUUGUUCUCCUCCUCAUUAUCUUGGCUGCAAUUGUUGGAAUCCUUUACCUAGUCUUCAAACCAAAACUUCCAGAUUACUCAGUUGACACUCUCAGGAUAAGUGAUCUGAGGCUUAACUUUGACAUGAGUCUGUAUGCAAAGUUUGAUGUGAAGAUCACAGCAAACAACCCAAACAAGAAGAUUGGUAUCUACUAUGAAAAGGGUGGAAAGUUAAGUGUGUGGUACACAAACACAAGGCUUUGUGAAGGGUCACUGCCCCAGUUCUACCAAGGUCACCAGAACAAAACAGUGCUCGAUGUGUCUUUGAGUGGUCAAGUGCAGUCUGGAAGCACCUUAAUGACGGCACUGCAGCAGCAACAGCAGACAGGACGCAUUCCAUUGGAUCUGAAGGUCCAUGCGCCAAUCGCCAUCAAACUUGGGAGGUUGAAGCUGAUGAAGAUCAGAGUCUUGGGAGAAUGCCUGUUGGUGGUGGAUAGCUUAUCAUCUAAUAAUCUCAUAAGCAUCAAGGCUAGCAACUGUAAAUUCAGAAUGAAACUUUGAUUCCAUUCUGAGAGAGUUUCCCUUGCUUCAUCUCAUUUGUUUGUAUUCUUUUUUUCUUUUAUGAUUGAAAGACUUCUGAUUCUUUCAUGGAUAUUUUGAGUUCUAGAUUUUGGAUACUCCAUGAAACGAAGACCCAAUGUCUUUAUAUCACCAGCUAUUAUCUCUGUAUUUUUUUUUCUUCUUCCUCUUUGAGAGUGUCUAUCAGCAUGGGGUGUCCAUCAAAGAUUUUUCAUAUUUCUUACACUA